AGGAAACUCUGUCGAUCAUAUACAUUUGCUUUUUUGCAUGGUGCUUAUCCGCGAUUACCGGAGGAGUGUGUGACCACCGUAGUUGACUACCUACUCUCCGACGAUACUUUGGCUUACACGGCCUCUACGAUCGGACUUAAGGAUUUGGUCCUAUAUAAAGACUCCAAACAUACUGUUAUUCCGACUGCACCGCCCUCCUGUCAGGUUUUGGCAAACGCUUUGUUGGCUAUUAUUGCCGUUAUAGCUGACGAAUCGUCGACACGAGCAAUGCUGUUCAUUCGUGACUUUCUCCUCACACCGCUUGGCGAUGCAGACCUUCUGGGAGAAUUAAUCGUAUUUGACAAACCGAUGCAAAUGUUAGCCGAUAUUCUUGCAUCAGAGAAGCGACCACCACCAGAACCCAGAAAUUCAGUCGUCCGAAUAAACCAUCGUUACACAUUGUACGAAUCAAAUCCGAUUAACUUCCAAUAA